AUGGCCAACACCCUCUCAGGAACCACGGUGCUCGUGACGGGCGGGGCAGGCGGCCUGGGCAAGGCGAUCGCGACCGCGUACCUCGACGCGGGCGCCAACGUCGCCAUCUGCGACAUCAACGAGGAGCGGCUAGCCGCCACGCGCGCGGAGCUAGACGGCACGGGGCGCUUCCUCGCCGCGAAGACGGACGUGACGGACGAGGAUGCCGUGACCCAGCUCGUCGCCGACGUGGUGGCGCGGUUCGGCGGCCGCCUCGACAUCCUCGUCAGCAACGCCGGCAUGACGGACAAGUUCGACCCCGUCGGCGAGCUCUCCAAGGCCCACUGGGACAAGAUCAUCGGCUUGAACCUGACGGGCUCGUUUUUGGCGACGAAGGCGGCGGUUAAUGCGAUGCUGAGGCAGGAGCCUUCUGGCGGGACGAUACUGCAGAUCUGCUCGACGAGCUCGUACCAUGGGAUGAGUUCGGGUGUCGCUUACACGGUCAGCAAGCACGGCGUGGCCGGGCUCGUGAAGAACACAGCGGGCAACUACGAGCACCGCGGCAUCUUCGCCAUCGGCCUGAUGAUCGGCGGGAUGCCGGAGACCAACAUCCAGGACGGCUUCGCGGCCCUGGGAGGCUUCAACCAGGACGCCUACCAGCUCAGCGUGUCGUCCAAGUUCACGCAGCCGCAGGACUUCGUCCGCACGAGGGACGUGGCGAAGUACUGUCUCUUCUUGGCGGACAGGGACGUCGCGGCGUCGUCGACGGGCGCGCUGGUGCAGUUUAAUGGGAAUAGGCCGAAUAAUUAG